AUGUCUGAGAGAAGACUAUCGCACGAGGACGACCGCGCCUCGCUUCUGUCCAAACUGGGCUCCGAGUCUCCUCGGCCCAGGAUGAAAUACGGCGGCAUGUUCUGCAGCGUGGAAGGAGCUUUUGAAAACAAAACGCUCAACUUUGAAUCCUUCAGCCCUCGGCCGAGGCGGCGCCCGACCGGAGAGGACGUGCAGAGAGGAUGCGGCCAGAUUGGAGCGGUGGCGGCGCCCUUGGGACGCGGCCAGGACAGCCGUCUGAUCAUUAAAGGAGGGAAGAUUGUCAAUGACGACCAGUCAUUUUAUGCUGACGUUUACAUCGAGGAUGGAAUCAUCAAUCAAAUUGGGGAGAAUUUGAUGGUCCCCGCAGGUGUUAAGACGGUAGAGGCCGGCGGUCGACUGGUCAUCCCGGGGGGAAUCGACGCCAACACCAACCUGCGCGCGUCCCAAAAAGGCCUGAACCCCUCCGACGACUUCUACUGGGGAACCCGAGCGGCUCUGGCCGGAGGAACCACCAUGAUUAUCGACCACGUGAUGGCCGAGCCGGGCGGGAGCUUGCUGUCGGCGUUGGAGGAAUGGAGGGACGCGGCCCACCAAAGGGCCUGCUGCGACUUCUCUUUCCACGUGGAUGUCACUCGCUGGCACGUCGGACUCGCCGAGGAGCUGGAGAUGCUCGUCAAGGACAGAGGUGUUAACUCGUUCCUGUUUUUUAUGACUUACAAGGACCAAUAUCAGAGUUCCGAUUCACAGCUUUACGAGGCUUUUGGGCUCCUGAGGGAUCUGGGCGCCGUCGCCCUGGUACAUGCCGAGAAUGGCGACAUUGUCGCCGAGAGGCAAAAGGCGGUUCGUCGUCUCGGCAUCUCCGGACCCGAAGGACAUGUAUUUUCUCACCCUGAAGAGGCGGAGGCCGAGGCAGUCCACCGUGCCGUCACUAUAGCAAACCGAGCAAACUGUCCGCUAUAUGUGACUAAGGUGAUGAGCAAAUCUGCUGCUGAUGUGAUUGCCAAAGCUAGGAAGAAAGGAGCGGUGGUCUAUGGUGAGCCCGUGGCAGCGGGUCUGGCAGUGGACGGCUCCGGCUAUUGGUCCAAAGACUGGGCUACGGCUGCGGCCCUGGUUAUGAGCCCGCCCCUCAAUCCCGAUCCUUCCACUCCGCAGUACCUGGGCUCCCUCUUGGCGUGCGGUGACCUCCAGGUAACUUCCAGCGCUCAAGCCGGUUUUUGCACAGCUCAGAAAGCUGUGGGGAAAGAUGACUUUACACUCAUACCAGAGGGAACCAACGGAAUCGAGGAGAGGAUGUCAGUGGUUUGGGACAGAAUGGUGCGUACAGGGAAGAUAGAUGAGAAUGCGUUUGUGGCCUUGACAAGUACCAAUGCAGCAAAAAUCUUUAACAUUUACCCUCGUAAAGGACGGAUCGCCAUCGGUUCUGAUGCCGACAUCGUUGUUUGGAACCCAAAAGACACCAAAACUGUCUCUGCCAAAACACACAACUCGACAUUGGAGAUGAACGUCCUCGAGGGUCUGGAGUUUGACGGCGUCCCCACAGCGGUUAUCUCCGGCGGCCGAGUUGUCGCGGAGGACGGCCUACUCCGCGUAUCGGAAGGUUCCGCUCGCUUCGUUCCGAGGAAAGCCUUCCCUGACGUCGCGUACCGCAGGAUCCGAGCUCGCGGCAAGAUUAUUGGGAGUCAAAGUGUCCAUCGUAGCAUAUAUGAUGGUCCAAUCCACGAAGUCGGUACAAUGAAUAAAUUGACGGCACCUGCAUUAACCGUCAAAGGAAGUGCGUGCUUCAAAAUCCGUACCAUCACUCGAAACCUCCAUCAGUCAGGAUUCACCUUGGCUGGAACUCAGAUUGAUGACCACGUUCCUCGACGGUCUACUCAGAAGAUUGUGGCACCACCUGGUGGACGAUCAAACAUUACAUCGCUUUCUUAA